AUGGCGUCGAAUCUCCCCAUUCCUAUCCCUCCACGCACGCCUACUCCACCUCUCGAUGACCCUCCAAGCCCCCCCAAUCAUGUCUUGGAUCCAGGAACUCUCACGCAGGACUCCCUGUCGCCGUUGGUAGAUACGUUUGCUCAGUCGCGGAAUGGCCUGAAUAGCGAGGAUCGAACCCGUUUGAGUCCCACGCGGGCUGCCUUCAAUCUCAAUUCCUCCGACCCUUCAGGGCAGAAUGGGCAGAGCGACGCUGGGUCAUCCGGACCGUUCAAUUUCCAGACGGUGACGAUGGCAAAGGGUCCAGUGGUGAAAUCGCGUUAG